CGCGCGUAGGGGGCGUGGCCGGGCGCCGCACUGGGGGCUCCGUACGCCACGCUUCUGCGUGUGCCGGUGUCGCCCACUUGGACGGGUGGGUUCGUGGCAUGGCCGGAGCCCAAGUGCCAGCGAGGGCACGCCGACACCCUUAACCGUCCCAACGCACAGUCUCCGGAGCGGUGCUUGGACCCCCCCCUCCCCUGGCCUGCGACCCCGCGCGCACCUCUCCGGGCCGGCGUUCCCGAUUCUCGUUCUCCGCCGGGGAAAGGGGCACCUGGAGUUAUUUUCGGACGCUUCCCGCGGUCUCGGGAGGUCGCAGCCGCGCCCUGCCUCGCCUCAUGGCAGUCGAUUUUGUUCUCCACUUUCUAGGUGGCUCUUUGACUCUCGCUUUCGGAGACGCGUGCGCCGCCGCGCGUAGCCACAGGUGACUGCACCCCCAGCAUGCCAGCCCCCCCGCCACCCCCAGACCCUGAGUUCGUGCUUCGAGGCACCCAGUCUGCCGUGCACGCGCUGCAUUUCUGCACUGGAGCCCAGGGGCAGGGGCAGCCCCUCCUCCUCUCAGGGGCCCAGAGCGGGCUGGUGCACAUCUGGAGCCUGCAGACGCGGAGGGCGGUCGCCACCCUGGAUGGCCAUGGGGGCCAGUGUGUGACCUGGCUGCAGACGCUGCCGCCGGGCCACCAGCUUCUCAGUCAGGGCCGGGACCUGCGGCUGUGCGUGUGGGAGCUGGAGGAGGGCAGGAAUGCCGUGGUGGACUCUGUGCGCCUGGAGAGUGUGGGCUUCUGCAGAAGCACCAUCCUGGCCGGCAACCCACAGCGCUGGACCCUGGCCUUGCCAGGACAAGGCAGCAACGAGGUUCAGAUUCUGGAGAUGCCAUCCAAGACGUCGGUGUGCAUCCUGAAGCCGGAGGCAGAUGCCAAGCCAGGCAUGCCCAUGUGCCUGCAGCUGUGGCAGGCUGACUCCAGCCCCCGCCCACUCCUCCUGGCCGGUUACGAGGACGGAUCCGUGGCCCUGUGGGACAUUUCCCAGCGGAAGGUGUGCAGCCGCCUCACCUGCCAUCCCGAGCCCGUCAUGGGCCUCGACUUCGACUCCCAGCAGGCCAGGGGCGUGUCGGGCUCCGCGGAGAAGGCGCUGGCUGUCUGGAGCGUGGAUGAGCGGCAGGCACUGCAGAUGUGCAGAACACAGCAGAUCACCAACCCUGGCAUCGCGGAUGUCAAGAUCCGGCCAGACCGUAAGAUCCUGGCCACUGCGGGCUGGGACCAUCGCAUCCGGGUCUUUCGUUGGAGCACAAUGAAGCCCCUGGCCGUGCUGAACUUCCACAGUGCGACUGUCCACUGCGUGGCCUUCGCAGACAACGGCUUGCUGGCCGCGGGCUCUGGGGACCAGCGCAUCAGUGUCUGGUCACUCUACUCACGCAUGUGACUCACCAGCCCCUGCAGACAUGGAGGACAGGGUGCUGGGCAGACACCUCAGGACACCUGAUGUGCCCGAGUCACGUCACUGGACCUCUCACCCUCUGAGGGGUGUUUGCUUUUGUGGAAAUGACACAGCUGCAGGACAGUGACAGUUUAUUAAGGGCAGCUGGGCCCGACGCAUGGCCACCUGCAACCCCAGUCAGGGGCCGAGCUGGAGUUUCUGGACAAUAAAUUUUUACUUGCA